AAAAUGAGUGCAACUGUAGAAGACGACGAGAAUCCACCGCUCCAGAAUGCAAAAUUAUUCGGACUUUUCAAGAAUCCAGAUCCUGGUUUUACGCAAACAGGAAUUUCAAUGUUCACAAAUUUUGUGCUCACCAAUAUGUUUGUGUAUGGAGUGACAGGACGUGCGAAAUUGGCGUAUGCACUCAGUAUGAUUUCCAUUCCCUGCUCGGUCAUUAUAAGUGUUCGAGAUUCACAAAAAGAUUAUGAUAAAUGGAAAGAGAUGCGAUUACUACGUCUGAAAGGUGUACCAGAACGAUUCAUGCCGUACAAAUGCAAGUACGACUGGUCAGACUAUGAUUUACGGAAGAUUCGGGAAGAGAAAUGAGCCGGGUACACUUGAUAGGAUCUUUACUUUUACAGUUCGAUAAUCGAUUGAUAAAUAAAAAUAAUAAACGAUGAAAA